AUGUCUUCCGACGGAACCAAAGGCCCUGUCAUUAUCAAAGGCAUCCAAGAUGGCUUCGAAGGAAAGGAACCGCCCGUUCGAUUGGAGUUGCGCGACAUGAUCAAGCAUCAGCCGGAUCAGUGGACCUUGUUCCUCUUAGGGCUGGAGCGGUUCAAAAAUGUUGAAGAGGACCAGCCGCUGUCCUAUUUCCAGAUUGCCGGCAUCCAUGGAAGGCCGGCGCAAAAGUGGCCAGACGCGGAGUGGAAUCAUGUCGGCAAGAACUUCGAUCCCGAGAGAGGGUAUGGAGGAUACUGCACGCACAGUUCCAUCCUGUUCCUCACGUGGCAUCGUGUCUAUCUCGCUCUCUUCGAGACCGAACUUUACAAGCAUGUUGAAUACAUCGCCAAAGAGUUUGAGAAGGACGGGGUGACGAAGUACAUCAAGGCCGCCAAGACCUUCCGGCUGCCAUACUGGGAUUGGGCAAGGCCCGAACUUCCACUUUUCCCAAAGGAAGCUCUGUCCAGGGAGGAGCACACUGUGGACAGACCCAAUAGCCAGAAGGAUGACCCAGAGUUUCCCAGCAGUAUCAACCCACUAGGCUUUUACAAGUUUGGGAAGUACUCUCAGGCUCAGUACGCCAAGGAAGUACCCGACUAUGUCAAGAUCGUCCAGGAUAACGAAAAGACCACGCGAACCUUUGGCAACAUCAACGACGAGAAGGCUCGAAAGAAAGCCAUCGAGUCCUUCACUAAACAGGACAUCGGUGUCAAGGGCAUGAAUGUGUCUGAGCGAAUCCUGUUUCUUCUGCAGUCGUACACGGACUUUGGGGCUGUGUCGAACAACCGCGCAUUCGGCUCGAAAUCGAAUCUGUUUGGAAAUUGGGGUAGCAUCGAAGAUGUUCACAAUGCUGUCCACAUAUACAUUGGGGGAUACAUGGGUAACGCGGAAUUCGCUGCUUUCGACCCUAUUUUCUGGCUUCACCACAGCAACAUCGACCGACUCUUCGCCAUUUGGCAGGCCUGCAACCCUGACAAGUACGUUACGCCCCAGAAGUCGAACUUUGCUACCAUCGUUCGAGAUUCGAAGAUGGACGAGGACGCGAACACUUCUUUGCCUCCAUUUGCACACACAGUCGAUGGAGAUGGCAAUCAGAUCUUUUGGACGUCAGUGGAAGUUAAAGACACCAAAACCUUUGGCUACAUCUAUCCAGAGACUCGAAGCGUGUUCGCAACCAGAGAGGCCGUCAUCAAUGAAGUGGACCGAAUCUACUACAAACGGGCCUCAUUUGCCAACAUCUUGCGAAGCCAACCGCCGGAUACUGAGACUCUAAAGGCUCUCCGCGCUCGCGCGCAGGCCCAUUUGGCUACUCCUGGCACGGUAGCCCCCGAGCUCCCGACAAGUCGUGAUCUGCCUAACUUGGCAGUUGGGGACAAAUAUCUCGAGUGGCUUGUGAAUAUUCGGGCCGACAAAUCCGAGCUGGACGGCAACUACAUUGUCAAUGUCUUCAUUGGUGAUCCCUCGGAUAGCACACCUCCUCUCCUGUACAUGAAAGACCGCGCACACGUCGGAUCAUUCGCCACAUUCGGUCAGGCUGAAGAAAGCCCGUGCGGAAACUGCAAGAAAGGCCGCACUGAGAAUCACAGAAUCACCGGUCAGAUCCCCCUUACCAUCGCUCUGGUAGAGCGGUACUUGGCUGGACUGGUAGACAGCCUCACUCAGGAGCACGUUAUUGCAUUCCUGAAGGACAAAAUUCGAUGGAGGAUUACGCUUCCCAGCGGAGAGGAGAAGUCGCCUCAAGAGUUCGAAAACCUCCUCAUCUGCGUCGUAUCGAACGAGGUUACCUUCGACGGCAAAGACCCGAAAGCAGUUCCAGUGUAUGCAGACGAGGUCACUGCCUAUCCUGAGAUCACCGGCGACAUUCCUGAUACUUAUAACACUGGGUAUGAUGGCAGCAACUACUAG